GUUCGGGUCAGUCAGUUAUUCACAGUUCGCAGAGAGAGAACUCCGGUCCCGUACGUUACGUAUAGUUGAUUAGCUUUGACCUGGAAAAAAACCGUCACCGAACAGCUCGUAGCUUGAGGAAUUAGUGCAGUUAGAUCAAUCAGUGAGUGCGAAAUCAUGUCUGAAUCGACGGAGUAUUCUGAACACUGACGAAACGAGUUCGCGUUUGUGCCGUUUGUGCGCCUGUCGUGCAUCUCUCUCUCACACACACUCCCGUCCGGGAUUCUUGCCCUCCGCCAAGCCUGCCGAUCGUCCUUUGUUUGGCCGCGUCCAUUUUUGUAUACAAACAUUCGCGAGCUCACCGCGGUAAACAGUGCGUUGGAGUAGUCGCACGCAACGGGGAUUACGAUCGCGGCGACGCAGCGGCUUCGGUUUAAUUGGAUCUGAAACAAGUGCGCAACAAAUAACACGGAAAACCACAACCAGUUGCAAGGAAUACGCGCGCAAAGAUCUGUAAUGUGCCCAAAUCAUCUCCUCAGUAAGAAAUCGGUGAAGCGCACUCUCGUACCAACGACGACGGCCAUCAGCUUGCAGCACUCGAAGAGAAAAGGCAUCUUCAUACACCCCACAGCUAUGUUCAAAAACUUUACCGUGCAGUGUUUCCCGACCGCCUAUUCAAUAUAAGGCGCUACAAUAUGACCGCUUCCGGUUUAAACUAAAAGUUAUUUACAAGCUAUUACAAGUGAGCAAAAAGUAUCGACAUCCAAUUGGAAUAAUCAUGAAGCUGCUUGAGAGUACCACUUUCGAAGCCAUCAACAAUGCGUUGUGCAUCGAGACCGGGGAUUCACAGAUCGUCGGUCGCAUCGAGAGCUACUCCUGCAAGAUGGCGGGCGGUGAUAAGGCAAUGUACAAACGCUUUAAUUCCGAGGGUGUGCAUCCCAAUGAUUUACAAGCGCUCAGCCCACCGCAGGGUGUUUCACCCGGUCGGUCUACGUACAGUCGAAGUAUCUCCGGCGAUGAGGAUGGACCGCUUUGCGACACGAUCAGUCGCAAGACUUUGUUCUAUUUGAUUGCGACGUUGAACUCUGCUUUUCCAGAUUAUGAUUUUAUGGAUGUCAAGAGUCAUGAAUUCUCCAAGGAGCCGUCCCUAAAAUGGGUUUUAUCAGCAAUUGACACCAAUUUGACAACCACAGCACGCGAACACUACAAGCACCUGAAUCAGCAGCUGUGGGCCGCCGUCGAGGACGAGAUCGAACUGAACGAAUGCGAUAUCUAUUCGUACAAUCCUGACCUCGGCUCGGAUCCGUACGGCGAGGACGGCUGCCUGUGGAGUUUCAAUUAUUUCUUCUACAAUAAGCGACUCAAGCGCAUUGUGUUUUUCACGUGCAGGGCCAUCAAUCCGAUUUACGCUGUGGAUUCUGGUUUUGGAAGUGACUUCGCAAUGGAAGACGAAGAUUUCGCCGAGUAAUUAUUCUAAAGCAACCACGCGACAACAAUAAUUGCAAUUAGGUGAAAGAUGGUUGCGUAUUAUUUCGUAUUUUUAGCCCAUUUGAAGUAAGUAUAUAUAUCAACUAAUGGAAAUGACGGAUAAAGAAACAAAAAAGCUAACUGUGAUGAGGGUUAGCGCAAGCGACAAACCAAAACGACGAAAUGUUUACAACCGGUUGGGCAUUCAUAUGUUUCCCUGUCCCAAACUGUGUUAGCAAACGAUAUCAACCUGUGCGACAACGAGAGAGGAAACAAUCUUUUGGUGAGAGCAAAAGUACAAAUUUACGCCCUUAGUGUAUAAUGUUACAAUUAAAACAAUUCAACCAAGUUGAUGAAAUGAAUUCGUUAUUUAAAUAAGUGUUGAUCAUGCGCGGAUUGUUUACACUCGGCACACUUAUCUCGCGAUAUGUGAGAAUUUCAGAUGAUGGCAUUGUUUUUAUGUUUAUGAACGUACAGAGCCCAUCUCUAGCACUGAUAGUAGUUUUACGUAUCUAUCUUAAGAUCUAACACUAUAACAUAAUGAAUGCAUGGAUGCUUGUCAACGGUUCAUCAUAUUGAUUGAUUGGUUGGUUAGAAAAAUGCGUCUAAUUUGUUUCUUGCUAUUUUAAGCAACCAUUCACAACAGGAAAAAUACAACCGGCAAGCAUUCAUUUUAAUGAGUUAGUUAUUUUAUUAUACGACUUUGCUGCUUAUACCCCCAGAAGUAGUGUUUAUUGCUAAUUUUAUUUGUAUCAAUGAAGUUUAAAUACAGUAGAUUUGAUCUCAUGACAAGGAAUCAAGAAAUUUCGUGCAAAAUCGCGCAUUUUAAUACAAAUCAACAAUCAACUGAUAAAAAACAAUUGGUUUUUUGGUUGUGGAUCAGUUAUUCAUCCAUAAUCUCAAAAUAUUUAGUAAUUUAUGCAUAGCUGGUUGUUAAUUUGUAUGAUAAACUUAAAGAACAUCUAAAAAGCAAUGCGAUUUCAGCGUAGCACGACGCAAAUUGAAUGUUUUUGACGGAAUAAAAAGCGGGAUCGAAAAGAACGCAAGCAUAUGAUGAAGAAUUAUGCAAGAAUAAAUUAUAUUUUUCGAUUUGUUUUAUCUUUAUCCAAUUUUUAUCAAUUAUUGUAAUAGUUGUUUAUCUCAGAUAUUAAGUAACAUAACAUUGUGUACCUUAAACAAUUAAACUUAGUUCGCUAGAAUGAUGAUAACACAAAAUAUAAACGUUUAAAUAAACUUCUUUGCCGAA